AUGAUUUUAGAGUAUAUAAUCAAGUUCCAUUUACAAGAGUGUAUUAAUAUUUUAUCGCAACCGGACAAAUUAGGCUAUUACAGCGUUAAAAUCGAUUUUUUGAAACUAUUCGAGACAUAUCCUGAUGUUGGAGACAAAGUAUUAUGCGAUCCUGUGGUGAGCCUGCCAGCCUGUGACAAGGAUGUGAUAAAAGCUCAACAACAAAUACUAGAAGGUGAUGAAUACAAAUCAAUUUUGUCGAAGUUACAAUACAGUUUUAUAAAACGGAAUGUUCACGCAAGAUUUUUUGGCUUACCAGUAUGUCCAGAACUACAUAGGACUAUAUUUCCUAAAAAUGUGGAUUUGGGAUGUUUUUUAAAAGUAACUGGCACAGUUGUCCGAGUCACACAAUCUAAAAUGCUAGAAUAUCAUAGGAAGUAUGUAUGUGUCAAAUGUAAUUAUGAGAAUUGUCAAGAAGCUCAAUUUGAAAACAGAUAUAUUUUAAAGCCUCCAUCAAAAUGUGGCAAUGACAUCAAAUCUUGUAGGAGUUCUACAUUUUCAGAAGUACAGCUCGUUUCAAGAGAACAUUGUAAAGAUUAUCAAGAAAUAAAAAUACAGGAACAAGUUAAUAAGUUAAGUAUUGGUACAAUACCAGGAUCUUUGUGGGUUGUGUUGGAAGAUGAUCUAGUAGAUUGUUGUAAACCUGGUGAUGAUGUUCUAAUUUGUGCAACAGUACGACGUCGCUGGAGGCCUGUUGGACAAAAUAAGAAAUCAGAAGUAGAACUAGUUCCACAAGCAAAUUAUAUAGAAGUAUGCAAUGCCCAAAGGUCAGAAGUGAUAGCUACAGCCCCUGAUAUUAAAGAGUGUUUCAAUGAGUUUUGGGCUAAGUAUGAAGCUUGUCCCUUGAAAGGAAGGGACCGAAUUUUAGCAGCAGUGGCUCCCCAGGUUUAUGGUCUUCAUCUGGUGAAGUUAGCACUGUUGCUUACAGUUAUUACAGGAUCAAACCAUAUUAUAGAAAAUGACAUAAAUAAAAAAACUGUUCAAGACGAAAAGCACUCGACUCGAGUCCGUGGACAGUGUCACCUUCUUCUAGUUGGAGACCCAGGUACUGGUAAAUCGCAGCUGCUUCGAGUGGGUUCAGAACUGACGGCACGCUCCGUAUUCACUUCGGGCGCCGGCAGUACCAGGGCAGGUCUUACAUGCGCUGCGCUUAGAGAAGACGGAGAAUGGCAUUUAGAAGCAGGUGCACUUGUGCUAUCUGAUGGUGGGGUGUGUUGUAUUGACGAGAUCUCACAGCUACGCGUCCAUGAUCGCACGGCCAUACACGAAGCCAUGGAACAGCAAACUAUAUCUGUAGCUAAGGCCGGCAUCGUAUGUAAACUGAAUACUCGAUGUGCCAUCAUUGCAGCAUGCAACCCUAAAGGACACUACGACACCGAUCAACCUUUAAGUGUUAAUGUAUCUCUCGGAACUCCAUUGUUAAGUAGGUUCGAUUUAAUAUUUAUAUUGUUGGAUUCAAAAAACAAAACCUGGGACAAACUUGUCUCGUCUUAUAUACUUUUUGGAGAUUCAAAUGCUAGUGAAUCAAAGAAGUGGAAUCUGGAAAAACUGCAGAUGUACAUUGACUUAGUAGGUCCUCGAUUUACGGAAAUGACUAAAUCAGCAAAUAUGAUACUUCAAUCCUACUACAUGCUCCAAAGGAGGUCAGAACACCGAGAUCCGUCGAGGACCACUGUGAGAAUGUUAGAUAGCUUAGUAAGAUUAUCUCAAGCCCACUGUCGUCUUAUGUAUCGUACAACUAUAUUGCCAAUGGAUGCCAUUAUUGCAAUAACUUUAGUGGAUUUGUCAAUGCAAGAUUGCACACUCGAUGAUACGACGGAUGCCUUACAUUCUACUAUCCCGAAAUACUCGGACUAUGAGUACUUACAAACUGCUAAAAAACUCCUAACGCAACUGAAUUUGUUAGAUAUAUGGAGAAAUGAAUUGUUAUAUUAUGCCAAGUUAUUACAAGUAGAUCAUAAAACAUUAGAAAACGAUCUAGAAAAUGGUAAUUGUAAAAUAUUUGCUAAACAUGAAGAUGUUACUGAUGACAAUAUACAGCUUUCUGCAUCCUUGAUAACUAGUUCUUAUUUCCAUAAUAAUAAAAAUACUAAAAAGGUCGAUGUUAAUUUAGUAGACGACACAGAGACAUCUACUAAAAAAGACAAAAACUUUAAAAGUCCAAUUAAUGAGAGGUUAGCAGCGACAUUAAAAAAGCACGCAGCUUUAAAUAAGACAGAAAAUGAACCGACAACUAAAAAGAAAAACAUUAACAAAAGAAAAAGAAAAGAAAUUACAGCAGACACCAGUCUAGUAAAAAGAAAAUUGAUUAAAAAAGGAAAAAAAUCAAAAGACAAAACUGAUGGUGAUCAUGAUUAUAUUUGUAAUAGUGAUGAAGAGUUUGAUGAUAACGUAAAUAUGUUAAAUGUAGUGCCAAGUGUAAAUGAUGCAUUAGCUGAUUUAGGUAUUGACUUCAGGUUUGAAAGUGAUACAAACGAUAAUAAUAGAAACGAAAAUAUGAAAACGGAAUCGGAAGAAAAUGAAAUGGAAGUUAUUAAUGUGCACAGAGAUAAGGCAUCAAAUUCUGGUUUUAAUAAGCAAGAAGUAAUAGACAAACGAGCUAUCGGAUCUAAUAACAAAACUGAAGUCCAACAAAAUACAGCCAACAAAUUAAAACAGUUUCAGUUUGUUAGCAACCAUGACCCUGAUAAAUAUGAAGAGAAAUCCCAUAAAGUAAUUGAUACUUCAUCAAAUAAACUUACAAGACUUGAAUUGGAACAUGAAAAAGACAUUUUUAAAUCAGCUUCAAAAUCAAAAACCCAUAUAUCAAUGUUUGAGACUUCAGUGAAAACAAAUACCACUUUAAAAGAAAAUAAUCCAAAUUCUUCAUCAAGUAAUAAAGUUUUAAAUUCAGGUUCACAAAUAUCUAUAUUUGAAAGUUCAGAUUGUGAUAUAGAUCUAGAUAUUUAA